AUGGACCUCUGGCUGUUGGUAGAUGCCCAGGAUGACACCCAUUACCAGAGCUGGUUCAGUAAGGGGCAGGCUUCCCUGAAACACUGCUGUGGUAAAGCACUGAGGCAGGAGCUGAAGACGAAAACCCGCCUGGGGGUCCUGGCCUGUCUACGGGAGUACCUGUCCUAUCCAAGGGGUACCCUGGCCUGUCUACAGGGGGUACCUGGUCCGGUCUACAGGGGGUACCUGGUCUAUCUACAGGGGGUGCCUGGCCUAUCUACAGGGGUCUUCUAUUGUGUUGUGCAGGAUGUGUUGAAGAGAGAGAAGUGGAAGAUUGACAGCUUCUUCAAGAAMGGGAUCAGCUGUCGUCUACCGUUGGACCCCGCUGUCCUCGUGAAGGGAGUUCAUUUGGAUGCCUGUAAAUUCUAUAACUCCCACGCUGCUCCUCUGGGAAUCUCCUUCAUCAACACAGAUCCUCUGGGCAGGAAAAUCUCUGUUAUCUGCAAGACAGGGGAUAACCUGCGGCAGGACAUGCUGGUGCUGCAGAUAGUGCGUGUGAUGGACAAGGUGUGGCUGCAGGAGGGACUGGACAUGAGGAUGAUCACCUAUAGGUGUCUCUCUACUGGGCGAGACCAGGGUCUGGUGGAGGUGGUUCCAGAGGCAGUGACCCUGGGUCAGAUCCAGCAGGAGUGGGGUCUGGGUGGGGCGCUGAGAGAGGACACCCUGGAGAAAUGGUUCCACAUGUGGAACAAGACUGAGGAGGAUUAUGAGGAGGCUGUGAUGAAUUUCCUCCACUCCUGUGCUGGCUGGUGUGUAGCGACCUUCAUCCUGGGUAUCUGUGACCGCCACAACGACAACAUCAUGUUGAAACACAGCGGUCACAUGUUCCACAUCGACUUCGGCAAGAUUAUGGGCAAUGCACAGAAGUUCGCCAGCAUCAAAAGGGACCGGACUCCAUUCGUCUUCACCUCAGAGAUGCAGCACUUCAUCACCGGCGGGGGUCAGAAACCCCAGAGGUUUCAUCGCUUCGUAGAGCUCUGCUGUGAAGCCUACAACACCAUCCGACGACGCACUGCCCUGGUGCUCAGCUCGCCUACUGCAGUCUGGUCUUAG